AUGUCGCUGCUCUUUGAGUGGGCGUUUGGAAAGAAGCUCACGCCGCAGGAGCGGCUUCGAAAAAACCAGCGAGCACUUGAAAAGACUCAGCGAGAGCUCACACGAGAAGUGACCAAGCUUCAGCAACAGGAGAAGAAGUUAAUCAGCGAGAUCAAGAAGUCGGCCAAAGCUGGUCAAAUCAGCAGCGCCAAGAUCCAGGCUAAGGAUUUGAUUCGAACCAAGAACUAUAUCGGCAAGUUUAACUCGAUGAAAGCGCAAUUACAGGCUAUUUCACUUCGUAUCCAAUCUGUAAGAUCCAACCAGCAAAUGGCCACCUCGAUGAGAGAUGCAACCCGUUUGCUUUCGGGAAUGAACCGGUCGAUGAAUUUGCCCCAGUUGUCGCGUAUAGCCCAGGAGUUUGCUAAAGAAAACGAUCUUAUGGACCAGAAACAGGAAUUCAUGGAUGAUGCCAUUGACGAUGCCAUGGCUAUGGAUGAAGAUGAGUUGGGCGAGGAUGAACAGAUAGACGAAAUCUUGGGUAAAGUUCUCGACGAAAUCGGAGUAGACUUGAAUACUAGUUUGAAGGAGACUCCUAACUCUAUCAAUGUUCAUACUGAAGAGAAGUUGAAUUCCGGUAGAGUAGCCGAAGCUAUUGGUGGAGGAGGCGAUCACGCUGAUGAGGAUGACUUGCAGGCGAGAUUGGACAGUUUGAAGAAGUAG